UUGUCUUUGGUGCAGGUAUCCGCAACACGGCAUUUCUGUUCGUGCGCCAAGCACCACACACCGAGACGAAUCUCAAUGGUGAUGAUGCUUCCUACGCUCCUGCGUACGACACGCCGCCAAUUCGGGGCACUCUCCGCCGCGCGAGCUUUCUCGACACCUGCACGUAACCCCGCUCAUGUCUCCUGGACGGAAGAUGACAAAGCUUACUUCCAGCAGCUACUCAAACCCGAGAGCGUGCUCACCGACGUGGAUGACACCGAGACCUACACGGUGGACUGGCUUAAGAAGUACAAGGCACAGAGCAACCACCAGAUGGUGCUUAAACCCAAGACCACAGAGCAAGUUUCAGCCAUCCUCAAAUACUGCAACGAGCGUAACCUGCCAGUUGUGCCACAGGGAGGCAACACGGGUCUCGUGGGAGGCAGCGUGCCGGUUUACGACGAGAUCGUGCUAUCCACGAGCUCAAUGAACAGCGUGAUCUCGUUUGACGAGGUGUCGGGCAUUUUGGUGUGUGAGGCUGGCUGUAUCCUGGAGAACCUGGACAACUACGUAGCCAAGCACGGCUACAUGAUGCCGCUGGAUCUUGGAGCCAAAGGAACGUGUCAAAUUGGUGGCAAUGUCGCGACCAAUGCUGGUGGUCUUCGACUGCUAAGGUAUGGAUCUCUGCACGGAACGGUGUUGGGUAUUGAGGCCGUACUUGCGGACGGUACAGUGAUCGACUGCCUCAGCACGAUGCGCAAGGACAACACGGGCUACGACUUGAAGCAGUUGUUCAUCGGCUCUGAGGGUACGCUGGGUGUGGUAACCAAGGUGUCGAUUUUGACGCCUCCACGCUCGUCCUCAAAGAAUGUCGCCCUUCUGGCUUGCGAAGACUUCGAGGCUUGCCAGAAGGCGUUUGUCGAAGCGAAGAAGAACCUGGGCGAGGUUCUGUCGGCCGUAGAGUUCAUGGACCGUCAGUCUCUGGACAUGGUUCUUACUCAACAAGACUGGACGAAAGAUCCACUCGAGACGCCAAGCCCAUUCUACGUGUUGAUUGAGACGUCGGGUAGCAACUCUGACCACGACAUGGAGAAGUUGGAGGCAUACCUGGAAGAUGUCAUGGGAUCUGGUGUUGUGGUUGAUGGUACGGUUGCUCAAGACGAGGCCCAGGCGCAGAAGCUGUUCAUGUUGCGUGAGGAUAUCUCGAUGUCGCUGAGCUCACGUGGGUACGUGUACAAGUACGACAUCUCGCUGCCCAUGGACCAGUACUACAAGAUCGUGGAAGAGGUUCGUGAGAAAAUGGCUCCUCUAGGUGCUGAGGUGGUCGGUUUUGGCCACAUGGGAGACUGCAACCUGCACCUCAACAUCUCAACGCUCAAGUACGACGAGAAGGUGUUCAAUGCGCUGGAGCCCUAUGUCUUCGAGUGGACGUCCAAGUACCGCGGAAGCAUCAGCUCGGAGCAUGGUAUCGGAACGCACAAGCCGUCGUACCUCCACUUGUCCAAGUCUGACAACUCCAUCCAGCUCAUGAGGCAAAUGAAGCAGAUGAUGGACCCCAAGGGUAUCCUCAACCCGUACAAGGUUCUGCCCGCAAGCGAAUAGACCUGUAGUUCGAGCGCUAUUGAGCAAUAAACGAGCGCAUUUUUUUAAAAACGAAAG